CCUGCGGCGCGGCGCGGAGUACCAUUUUUUCCGCGGGUGUUGGAUUUCGAUCAGCACCGUCACAGUCGUGCCCAUGACGCCGGGCGGUGAAAGGCAGCGGCGCUGACAACGCAUGUCGGCCCCCAGUAUGGCUUCGCUGGCGGUGCUGGGCGGGCUGAUGUCGGCCGGGCCUGGCUCGCCGCCGCCGCCCGAUGACGACGAGGAGGGCGACCAGGCGAGCCGCGGCUACCCGGACAGCUCGGCCAGCCGCUCAGAGGAUGGCUACCUGGACGGCAGCGGCUCCGAGAAGCGUCUGUCUUGCGAGACGCUCUUGAGCGGCGCCAAGAAGCGCCGCAAGCAGUCGCACCCGGUGAAGAUCGGGCCGGGCGGCGAGGCAGAGCCGGAGGUGCCGCCGCCGGGCGAGGCAGAGCUGCCGCCGCCCCUCCGCUGCCCCUACUGCCCGCAGGCGUUCCCGCACCAGGUCCAGUUCAAGUAUCACAUCGAGGUGGAGCACGUGAGGAGGGCGCUGGCGGACGACGCGCCCGCAGAGAGCGUGAUCUUCGGUCGGGAGCUGCCUCUGAACCUGUCCUCCGGUCCGAGACAUGACGGGCUGCGGGGUCAGGAGAGCAAGCACCAGGCGGAGAAUUACAGGUCAGAGCACAGCCUGCCGCCGGCCAUGCCACUGCCUCCAUCGUUUCAGGACAAGUUCCCCCGCUCCCGAGUUCCUGCAGCGGGCGCCGCGCCGCCGACUCCGACUCCGGGCGAGUCGCCGCUGAAGAUCUUUAACCCUGAGGCGUACUGCGAGCUGUGCAACAAGGAGUUCUGCAACAAGUACUUCCUGAAGACGCACAAGGCCAACAAGCACGAGGCAGGCGCCGCCGGCCAGGGUGCCGCCGACCCGUACGACGCGCAGCAGUUGUUGGAGCCGGUGGUGUCGCCGACGCUGCUGCAGCAGCUGAACACAGGCGAAACCCACGACCACCAGAAGGUGAUCCAUGAGCUCAUGGAAAGGCUGGCGACGAACGGCGAGUCGCCGAAGAAUUUCACCAAGGAACAACUCCGCGAGAUUGGUGUCGUCAAUGUUGACGCGAUUCGACUGGAGGUGGAGGGCCAGAAGAAGUUGGAGCGACCAAAGCCAGCCAGCACCAGCCGUAGCUACUGCGAGAUCUGCAACAAAGAACUCUGCAACAAGUAUUUUAUGAAGACCCACAUGAUCAAGAUGCAUGGAAUCAAUAUGGAGAACCACCAGAUUCAAGGUGGCGUCAAGUGUGAUGUCUGUCAGAAGGAGCUCUGCAGUAAGUACUUUUUAAAGGUCCAUAAGCAAAACACACAUGGUAUCUACGAUCCGGAAGACGACAAGGCGCUGAAGGCAAGCGAUGCCGUCAUCAAAGACGAGGAAGGCCUGGAGGUGUGCACUGUCUGCAGCGGCAAGUUCAAAACGGCCAAGCUCCUGGAGUCGCACAUGGCAAGUGAACACGGCGCACCGAAGGAGAAGAAGCCCAAGUCCAGCUCGGUGCCGCGGAGCGCACCCGGCAUCGGCGUAACCUGCAGCCUGUGCGGCCGCUGCUUCCCUGACCUGCUGUCGCUGCGACUGCACGCGAUGCAGGCCCACCCGCUGCCGGAGCAGAAGGGCGAGAACAACGGCACGGCGGGCGAAGAGACGCCACUGGAACCGGCCCAGCUGGGCGAGAAGCUGCUGCGGCACCCGUUCGGCCCGUUCGCCGGCCCGUUCCCGCCGUUCCUGCCGCCGGAGGAGCUUCGGGAAAAGACCGAACUGCGCCUGACGCUACUGCCGGCGUAG